AUGUCAGAAAGAAAAAUGGAGAAUUUAACAGGGACUAUGCAUCAACUAAACUUCAAUUUACCAAAUCAACCAAACAGAGGUUCAACCAGUCAGUUUGCCUCAUUAGACAAUUUUUCAACACCAACAAAAUAUAAAAACGAUAAACUUAAUGGAUCACCUAUCCCCCCAGGGGCGAGGAGAUAUGAGAUAGAUGAUAGCGAUUCAAAAAUGGAUAUCGACGGAUCAUCAUAUAAUGAUAUCGAUAUCACAAACUCACCAAAGAAACUACCUCAAGGCUUUCAAACAAUGGCAAGCAAUAACAAAACACAACGAUUAGUUAGUGUUUGUAAAAUGUAUUUUUUGGAUUAUUACUGUGACAUGUUUGACUACGUCAUUAGUAGAAGGCAGAGAACUAAAAAGGUGCUAGAAUAUUUGGAACAAAAAAAAAAUGAAAAUGUAGAUCUAAACAGUCUGAAUAAUGAAUGGAAUGGGUAUAUUCAAAGAGAACACCAAGUUCUUAGGAAAAGAAGGCUGAAACCCAAACAUAAGGACUUUGAAAUGAUCACUCAAGUUGGUCAAGGUGGUUAUGGUCAAGUUUAUUUGGCCAGAAAAAAAGAUACCAAUGAAGUUUGUGCAUUGAAGAUUUUGAAUAAGAAACUUUUGUUCAAACUAAAUGAGACAAACCAUGUAUUGACGGAAAGAGACAUUUUGACUACGACGCGAUCCCAGUGGUUAGUGAAAUUACUUUAUGCUUUUCAAGAUACCCAAAAUCUUUAUUUAGCAAUGGAAUUUGUUCCCGGGGGAGACUUUAGAACGUUACUAAUUAAUACUAGAUUUUUAAAAAGUACACAUGCAAGAUUUUAUAUCAGUGAAAUGUUUUUGGCGGUUAAUGCGUUACAUGAUCUUGGGUAUACUCACAGAGAUUUGAAACCUGAAAAUUUCCUAAUUGAUGCAAAGGGACACAUUAAAUUAACAGAUUUUGGAUUGGCAGCAGGAACAAUAUCAAAUGAUAGAAUACAAAGUAUGAAAGUUAGACUGGAAGAAGUUAAAAACCUAGAAUUUCCGGAAUUUAGUGACAAAUCCAUAGAAGAUAGGAGGCAAAUGUAUCAAAAAUAUCGGGAAACAGAGGUUAACUAUGCCAAUUCUAUGGUGGGGUCUCCUGACUAUAUGGCUUUGGAAGUUCUGGAAGGGAAGAAAUAUGACUUUACAGUAGAUUAUUGGUCUUUAGGUUGCAUGCUAUUUGAAUCUCUAGUUGGAUAUACCCCAUUUAGCGGAUCCUCAACAAAUGAAACAUAUGAAAAUUUGAGACAUUGGAAAAAGACUUUGAGAAGACCAAUGCUGGAUAACGGGAGACCUGCAUUUUCUGAUAGAACAUGGGAUUUCAUUACAAGGCUAAUUGCUGAUCCUAUCAACAGAUUAAGAUCUUUUGAACAUGUCAAAAGAAUGACUUAUUUUGAAAGUGUAGACUUUAAUACCCUAAGGGACUUAUCUCCACCAUUUAUUCCUCAAUUAGAUAACGAAACUGAUGCAGGAUACUUCGAUGAUUUUACUAAUGAAGCUGACAUGGCUAAAUAUGCAGAUGUUUUUAAGAGACAAAAUAAGUUGUCAACCAUGGUAAAUGAUGCCGACAUAGAUUCAAAAUUGGUGGGAUUUACAUUUAGACAUAGAUAUGGGAAAAACGGUAGCUCUGGAGUUUUAUAUAAUGGCCUUGAGCAAUCGGACCCGUUUUCUACGUUCUAUUAA